AUGCUCAAAGGCAAGCUCAAGCUCCCGGACAAGGCCAAGCGCGCCUUCCCGGACCGGCUGGGCAGCUUGGUCGCUGGAUUCGAAGACAAAGAGGAGGAAAAUCGAGGGUCCGAUUUAGUGUUCGAGUCCGGUGAAGAGCUCGAGACAAUUCAGCCCAACGGGUAUGGGUCGGGCGGAGAGAGUGAGAAUGACCAAGAUGACGAGGAUUAUGAUGAGAAGGUGGAUAGAGAAUCCGAUUUAAGGGUCAGGCCCAAACCUGAAAGAGAAGGGCCGGGUUCGGUCUCGGUGUUGGCAGCCAUUGCGGCUGAUGAUAAAAGAUCCGAUCUUGAGUAUGAGCUUUCUCAGCCGGAGAUAAAUUUGGAAAAGUUGCAAAGAAUUGCUAGUUCAGGGCUUCCAGAUGGGGGAGGUUUGCGGGCAACUGCCUGGAAGCUGCUCUUAGGUUAUCUACCUCCUUCUCGUGAUUUGUGGGAAAAAGAGCUGAUAGAAAAUCGACUAAAAUAUGCCAAGCUUAAAGAGGAGCUCCUUGUGAGUCCUUCACAACUCACAAGGAAAAAAGUUGGUUUGAGUUACUGCGACCAUCCUGCUGACGGUGUUGUAGCUGGACCGCUGAAGCGACAUGAAAUUUCUGAGGAAGAUCACCCUUUAAGCCUUGGUAAGGCUAGUGUAUGGCACCAAUACUUCCAGCAUACAGAGAUUGCAGAACAGAUAGACCGUGAUUUACAACGCACACACCCAGAUUUGAAAUUCUUCUCAGGGGACUCAUCAUUCAGUAGGAAACACAGGGAAUCAAUGAGAAGCAUUCUUCUCUUGUUUGCAAAACUAAAUCCAGUGAUCCGUUAUGUGCAAGGCAUGAAUGAGGUCUUGGCACCAAUAUACUAUGUUUUUAGCACUGACACCAAUGAGCAAAAUGCUGCAAAUGCAGAAGCAGAUAGCUUUUCUUGUUUUGUUCGACUCUUGAGUGACUCAGUGGAUCACUUUUGCGAACAACUGGAUAACAGUGCAGUGGGCAUACUCUCCACUCUUUCCCGCUUGUCAGAGUUAUUGAAAGCCAACGAUGAGGAACUGUGGAGGCAUCUUGAGUUCACUACAAAGGUGAAACCGCAAUACUAUGCAUUCAGGUGGAUCACAUUGCUGCUUACACAGGAGUUCAAUUUCCAAUCCAUCAUGAGAAUCUGGGAUUCACUAUUGAGUAGUCCUUAUGGUGUACAGGAUAUGCUUCUAAAAAUUUGUUGCGCAAUGUUGCUGUGUGUGAAAAGCAGACUAUUAAGUGGCGAUUUUGUGGCAAACUUGAAGCUUCUGCAGAACUACCCAGACAUUAACAUAGAACACCUCCUCCAGGUAGCUCGGGAUCUUAGUUCGGACCCGUCUACCUAUCGUUUGUCCUUGACCCUGUAA